CAGUAUAAAACCUACACCACUCCAUAAAUCUAUGUUUGAAUGCAGUAAAAAAUAUAUAAAUAUUCACGAAACCUGACGGUCUUUUGCUGUCACUCGCGAUUUCUAAUUACGCACUUCUGCGGAAUUUGCAUAAAAGUUUAUGUGAGGCACAGAGUCAAAGAUCGAAAGAAAGUUAAUGAACUGUAGAAUGUGUUAUAUAAUUAUCACUCAAGUGUCGGACAGACUUAAAAAUGUCAGAGGAAAUCCCGGUUUUUAAUUUCAAUCCAGAAUGUCCUGUAUUCGUAGAAGAGGUUUCCGCAGCAGAGUUUUGUGGCUGCUGGCAACAUCAGUGCUGCUGGUCCCACUCAUUCAUCUGUUCCACAACAUACUCUCACACAGAGCGCGCCUCGACUCCCACCUACCCACCCUGGCACCGCGCCAGCACAUAGCGUUCGUCAAGGUUCACAAGGCCGCCAGCUCCACCAUACAAAACAUCUUCCUACGGUACGGAUACACCCGGAACCUAACCUUUGUCCUUGGUCGAACUACUAAUAUUUACCCCAACAUUAUAAGUCUGACUGAAUCCGUCACCGACUACAACAUCGAACCCAUCCCACCGAACAAAACAUUCGACAUCUUGUGUAGCCAUGUUAUCUAUAAUCGCGACGCUUUUCGCGCCAUUAUGCCAGACGACACAGUUUAUUUGGGGUCUGUCAGAGAUCCUUUCCAACAUUUUAUAUCCUCACUUCAUUAUUUUCGCCCUUCUUAUAUAUUCAAUAUAACUGCCACGGACCCAGUUGCUGCUUAUUUGAAAAAUCCAUCCAAAUAUGAACCGAAAAAUGUAAAGCAUUCAAUGACAAACAAUCGCAUGGCGCUGGAAUUUGGCUUUCCUCUGGAGGUUUUCCGGUCCAGAAAGAAGAAGACUGCUGCCAUUACAGAAUAUUUGGAUCAGCUGGAUAGUGAAAUGGACCUUAUUUUAGUGGUGGAAAAACUAGAAGAAUCGAUGGUGUUGCUCAGGCGGAUUUUAAACUGGAAAUUACAAGACAUUUUAUACAUUCACAAAAAUUCUUUUGCGGGUAUGAGGAAUGAAACACGAAGUAAAUUAAGCAAAAAGUUAUACAUAAAUGAGGAUACAGAGGAAAAGUACAGAAAAUGGGCAAAAUUGGAUUAUACUUUAUAUGAUUUUGCCACGAAAAGGUUAGAGCGCCAAAUUCAAAACCAAAAUCCAGACUUCUAUGAUGAAGUUCGACAUUUCAAAUUCGUCAGGGUAAAGGUGGAUAAUUUUUGUGUAUAUGAGAGCAGGGCUUACAGGCCCAACAUACUGGUUAUACCCCAAUCUGAGUGGAACGAACAAUUUAUCGUUAAUAGUUUAAUGUGCUCCCUAAUGCAGUUCAAAGAGAGAUAUUUCGUGGAAGAAAUAAGGUUUCAACAAUAUGGUCAUUCGCCCGAAGACUGAAAGCCAUAUUCUUUGGAAAUUUAUUUAAAUAUACUUAUUAAAUCUAUACAAUUGAAUUUCUAUGAAAACCGAAAAAGUAAU